UGCGUGGGUUGGGUGUGAGUUGUUGUUGUUUUUAGGCAUGCUUUGCCGUGGCAUGCCCCAAUAUGUAUGCCAAAUGUGUAUGCAACCAAAAAGUGCAUUGAACCGCCGCAAUGCUGGGCAUGUUGCUGCUGCCACUGCAUGUGGCAUGUUGCAUGUGGCAUGUGGCAUGUGGUAGCGCGCACACGUAUAAAUAGCGGCCGUUGCCAGCAGCAUUCAGGCAAAACGCUCGCAACAGGCCCGCCCGCAAUAUGUUGGACAAUAGCGCAUCUCAUGCACCUGCCAGAGGCCAGCGCCAAUUGCUGAUGCUGCUGCUGCUGCUGCUGAUAGCACUGGGCAGCAGCUGUUGCCACGCCGCCGCCGCCGCCGACGGCUUCAGCGUCGCCCAUUUGCUGCGAGAGGGCAAACACAAGCUGUGCGGCCAGGCGCUGAACGAUGCAAUGGACAUGGUCUGUGUGAAUGGCUACAAUACCAUACCGAAAAAGCGAUUGGAGUCGCCACCGGAAAUGGGCAUCGAUGCGGACCAGUUGCAAUUACGGCCAGGUGCUGGCUAUGCGCUGAGUCCAUUGCUGUCCAGCAUUUAUGGCGCCGAGGUGCUCAUCAAGACGCGACGCCUCCGGCGGCAGGCUGGCGGUGGCAUCUAUGAUGAAUGCUGUCGCAAUGCCUGCACCUAUCCGGAACUCUUGUCCUAUUGUCGCCAAUAAAGGACACACACA